AUGGCACCACCCACCAUUCAGCUUCCUAAGAGCCCGCUUGGCCGUCACCGUCUGCUCGCUCCGACUGCAGGAGUCUUUGUCAGCCCGAUAUGUCUGGGGACGAUGAACUUCGGUGGUGUGAUGAGCGAUUCUUUGGGAGAGUGCACAAAGGAAACAGCAUUUGAGAUUCUCGAAUACUUCUACGAGCAGGGAGGUAACUUCCUUGACACAGCAUCGAGCUACCAAGGGGAAGAGUCGGAAAAGUGGCUGGGCGAGUGGCUCUUCAAGACCGAGCGUCGCGAUGAGUUCGUCCUGGCUACAAAAUAUACAGGAAAUUUCAAGUCCAGGUCGGAGUCGCACCGUCAACAAUCCAAUUAUGGUGGAAAUGGUACCAAGAGCCUGCACCUAUCAGUGGAGGCGAGUCUCAAGAAACUUCAGACUACCUACAUCGACCUUCUAUACCUCCACUUUUGGGACAUGACAGCAGACAUACCCGAGAUUAUGCAGUCACUCAAUCACUUAGUCACCUCAGGCAAAGUCUUGUAUCUAGGCAUCUCAGAUACACCCGCCUGGAUCGUGGUCAAGUGUAAUGAGUACGCGAGGCAACAUGGACUCAGGCAGUUCUCGGUCUACCAAGGCCGGUGGUCCGCAGCUGAUAGAGAUUUGGAGCGAGACAUCGUUCCCAUGUGUCACGCUGAAGGCAUGGGUAUAGCGCCAUGGGGAACGCUCGGCCGCGGCCUGUUCAAGCCCAAAGACCAGAUCAAGAAUGGAGGUCGGAACAUGCCUUCAAUGAACAACGGUCGCGAGGCUCUGGUCUCGGAGCGGCUUGAAUGCAUUGCAAAUGCCAAAGGUGUUGACGUCACAUCUGUUGCCUUAGCAUACGUACUACACAAAUCCACGUAUGUCUUCCCCAUCGUGGGUGGUCGGAAGCUCGAUCACAUCCGGGGCAAUAUUGGGGCGCUGAGCCUAUGCUUGACAGAUCAAGAUAUUGCUGAUAUCGACACCUCUUACUCUUUCGACAUCGGAUUUCCACACAACUUCUUGAGUGGGAAUACUGACCAAGGACCGAAAGGGCCUUGGGAUGUUCGAACCGCUAAUGUGCGUGGGGUGUUUGACUAUGUCAAAAACGGUCAACCUAUCUUGCUUCAAACUGAAGAAUGA